AUGGCUACACGUUGGCGGAAUAAUGGUACUCCCGCCUGUUGGACUCAGGGAUGGCUUCUCAAUGCAGGUGAUGUUGGAAGCGCUGCAUUCACACUCGUCAUCGCCGUCCACUUGUUCUCGGACAUCAUCCUCAAUUGUCGCCUUGGGCCUCUACGAUUCUUGUCUACCGUCAUCUUUGUAUGGGUCUUUACCAUCUUCUGUGCGACUAUUGGGGUUGUGAUACAUCCUUCAGACUUCUAUAUGCGAGCAGGACUGUGGUGUUGGAUUCCUGAGAAUCAUAUGCCAGAGCGCCUUUGGCUCCAUUACAUAUGGCUGAUAUUCGUAGAAUUCAGCGUCAUCGUCCUCUAUUCGCUCAUGUUCCUUUUCCUACGACGUCGGGCCAAACAAUUCCACUCUUCGACCGAUCAAAGUUUCCUUCGAGGCCGAGCUAAGUCGGCGGCACGGAGUGUCGUUGCAUACCCCUUAAUCUACGUGAUCUGCACACUUCCUGCGGUGGUUGUCAGGCUGAGUAUCAUGGCUGGAGCAAGUGUAGGCGUAAACCAUUUAAUCUUUGUCGGUGUGAUGAUGGCUUCGAAUGGCUGGCUCGAUGUCAUUUUGUACUCGGUGACCAGAUAUUCUCUCAUCUUUGGAAGUAACAUACCCAAUGGCGAGAUCCGCGACUUCCAGGCCUUGCAAAAUCAGCCGAAUCGCCAUUCAACCACUGAGACGAAGACCGAUGAGUCUCAAGCGGGUCCAGUGAGAAUGGAGAAGGUGUAUUCCGGAGACCUUGGUCGUAGUCGCGCAACUGGAAGCACAGACAGCCUCUGUCGAGAGAUGAGGUACACCAAGAAUCACAGUACUUGUCCCGGCUGGUGA